AUGGCCGCCGGCGGAGGCGGAGGUGGGGACAUCAGCGCCGACUCGGAGCGGCGCCUCAAGAAGGCCAUGGACAAGCUCUACCACUUCCCCAAGCCUAAGUCGAGUAGCACCGGCGGCUCCAAGCCCUCUUCGUCGGCUCCAAGCUCCGGGAGAGCGGCGGGGAAAGCAGCGGUGGAGGCGGCGAGAAGGCUCGGGGUGGUGCGCGGGUCGCGGCUCCCGCCUCAGCUGUCGGCCAUGUCAGCGAUCUGGCCGCCACCGCCGUGCCGCCCCUGGGACCGCGCCGACCUGAUGCGUCGGCUCGGGUCAUUCAAGGCCAUGACCUGGUUCGCCAAGCCCAAGGUUAUUAAUCCUGUUAACUGCGCAAGAAGAGGAUGGACUAACAUUGAGCCAGAUGUUAUAACAUGUGAAGCUUGUGGGGCACGACUCCUGUUCUCCACUCCUUCCUCGUGGACAACACAGCAAGUUGAAAAGGCUGCUGCUGUUUUCAGCCUGAAGCUGGACACUGGGCAUAAACUACUGUGCCCGUGGAUUGAUAACAUAUGUGAUGAAUCACUUGCUUUAUUUCCACCAACACCUCCUCCUGUUUUAGUUGGGAACUACUAUGAGCUUUUGUCCUCUCUGCUGCGACUUUUAGCAUUCCCAAGAAUUUCCUGCUCUUCUCUUGAGACCAUGAAAAAGAGGAGUCCACAGCUAGAGCAGUUCCUAUCAGAACCAUUCUCUCCAUCAGUUGUUCUCAAAGGGGGAUUUAUGCUUACUGAGGACUCUACAAUUAAGGAUUUGGAUGGUGCUUUUCAAGAUGCUGACACAUAUUAUCAGGCACUUAAGAUAAUAAGUUUAUUUGGAUGGGAACCCCGCCUACUUCCUUAUGCUAUUGACUGUGGAACUGAGUUUCAUUCAGAUGCAAACUCUACAUCUAAAUUGGCUCAACCAGAGCAAUCAAGUAAGACAAUGGAGGAUCGGGUCAUAUUUUACUCACCUGAUGAUGCUAAUGGUGCUCGACCAUCUGCUAAUGUUAAUCAAGAAGAUCAGCAUUAUGAUCCAUUAUCAGUUGUUUUAGAUUGCCAAUUUUGUGGUGCAUGUGUUGCCUUGUGGCCCUUUUCUCUUGUACAACGACCUCUUCAACUCUUUAAGCUGAUUUCAGAUUCUAAUAGACAAGAUGACCAGGAUAAUGGACAUGCCAACGUAGUCGGUGGAGUAGGACGUUCAAAGGAUGCCAACAUUGGUUUUAAUUUCACCAUUGCUGGGGGUCCUCCACCAACUAGACAAAGUUUCCGACCAAAAGUUUCAUUUCCUGUCGGGCAAAAGCAUGACCAGCCAGGAGAAAAUUCUGAAAAGAGCAUACCAAACUCGGUAGUGAGCACUGAACAGAAACAAGGUGGUUCACAUUCCAAUACAGAUAAGGAUACCAAAUUGGAUGAUGCUUCCAAUGUAGAGCAACCAGAAACAAGUUCUCCUUCAAGAAAAAGUAUAACAAGAUCAGAUGCGGCUGUUGAUCAACAUGGAUUGGAACCUAGAUUUUGCUCAGUUCAGGAAAAACAAGGACUGUAUGACAGAAUGAAUGAGUUUGAUCCUAUCAAGCAGCACCGGACAUUCUGCCCUUGGAUUUCCCCUGAUUACGGCGAACCCUUGCCUGGAUGGAGGCUGACUCUCUCGGCAUUACUUGCUCAGGACAAAAGAUCUGAUGGGGACUUGCAAGUGGAGGUUCAGACCAGCCUUCUCGAUGAGGAGGAUGACCCUCUUACCACUGUUAGAAAGCUUUUCAUGACACCACCUCCAAAAAGGAGGAGGAUACAUCAAUCCGAAAAGAGCUAA